UAAUUUGUGCAGGAAGUGAUUUGAGUGCGGAGGCAGGAUUUUCAAAAUUUUGCCAUUUGUGAACUGUGAAGUACUACUACAAAUUAGAAUUACCAAAGUUUUCCUUUAUUAUUUUUAAGAAUAAUAUAAAAGUAUCCUUUUAGUUUAAAAUAUGUUAAUCAAGGAAUUCCGAGUAACUUUGCCACUCACAGUUGAUGAGUAUCAAGUUGCACAAUUAUAUUCGGUUGCCGAAGCUUCUAAAAAUGAGACUGGAGGUGGCGAAGGUAUUGAAGUUUUAAAAAAUGAACCAUUCACCAACUACCCCUUAUUAGGUGGAAAAUAUAGCGCGGGGCAGUAUACGUAUAAAAUUUAUCAUUUGGCUUCUAAAGUACCAGCAUUUAUAAAAAUGCUUGCACCAAAAGGUGCAUUAGAAAUUCAUGAAGAAGCUUGGAAUGCUUAUCCUUAUUGCAGGACUGUAAUAACUAAUCCAAAAUAUAUGAAAAAAAAUUUUGUUCUUAUGAUUGAAACAAUGCACAUGGCAGGUGUUCCACAAGAAAAAGAUAUUAACGUUCACGAAUUGCCUCCAGAAAAAUUAAAAAUCCGUGAAGUCGUUAAUAUUGAUAUUGCAAAUGAUCCUGUAUCUGCCGCUGAUUAUAAACCGGAAGAGGAUCCAACUAAAUUCAAAUCUGAGAAAACUGGAAGAGGCCCAUUAGUUGAAGCAGAAUGGAAAAAUAAAGUUGAUCCAGUCAUGACAUGUUAUAAACUGGUUACUUGUGAAUUUAAAUGGUUCGGUUUACAAACUAGAAUAGAAAAUUUUAUACAAAAAUCAGAACGAAGGUUAUUUACGGUUUUCCAUCGGCAAGUUUUCUGUUGGAUGGAUAAAUGGCACGGGCUUACUAUGGAUGAUAUUCGAGCUAUUGAAGAAAAAACCAAAGAAGAAUUAGAUCGCCAACGUCAACAAGGUGAAGUAAGAGGAAUGCGAGCCGAUAGUGAUUAAUUCAAUUUAUUUAUUUAAUAAAAAUUAUUUAACAUUAUAAGAAAAUUAAUAUAUAAUAAUUUUAAAACAAAAAUGAGAUAUAAAACAAUAACAAAAUUCUUGAUAAAAAAUUAAUAUGUGUUAAGAAAAAAAAAAAAUA